GGGAUCUGAAUGUCCAGUUGUCUUCGCAGCUAUCAAUUUGGCUUCGGAAAUGCUUGGAGGUGCUUGGAAUUCUUGGUAUCGAUCCACCGCUGAGCGAGGGAAACUCUCUUAACUUCCGUUUAUCUCGUGGUUGUUUGUGAAGCUACCUCGUAUCGUCCCCGGUUCGCACUUGAGCAAAAGUUGUCUGACACGUGACACCACGCGGUCCUCCUGCCUUCGUUCGCAACAGGUCGAGACUCCAGCUUCCUAGUACCAAGUAAUUGUGGAUCAAAUCUCGUAACAUCUUCCAUUUGCGGUUUCGACACGCGAGUGCAGCCUUGACCUAAAUCAAGACACUUACGCGUUACCAGUUUAACCCGUCUUACUAUGGGAUUUGUGGUCCUACCUGCGCUCGUGGCGGACAUCAGCGCGGUGUACGACGUGUAUUUCGCGGCCUUCAAGGACAAUACAAUUACACGGGCCUUGUUUCCGUCAGCCACAGCGGAGGACCUGACGAAUCCAGAUUCUGAGUUCCGUAAAGCGCACACUGCGCAUACGUUGCAGUACUGGCAGAAUAAUCUUACGCAGUAUACACUGAAAUGUGUAGACUCAGAGACUGGCAAGAUUGUCGGUAUGGCGCUCUGGGAUGUAUAUAUUACCCCGAGUGAUUGGACGAAAGGCGAGAUUGGAUGGCUGCAGGGGAAAGAAAGGGAGCGUGCUGAAGCACUAAUAGGCCCGCUAUGGGGUGCAAGAGAAAAGAUGUGGAGCAAUGAGCGUUACCUGUACUGCCACGUCGUUGCGGUUCAUCCAGAUGCUCAGCGCAGAGGUAUUGGCGAGGUACUGGUCGAUUAUGGCAAGAAGAUCGCAUUGCAGGCGAAUUUGCCCAUCUAUGUUGAGAGUUCGAGGGAUGCAAUCAGGUUGUAUGAAAAGUCAGGCUUCCGGUGGCUGAAGGAGCGUCCUGUUCACAAGUCAGACGACUUAUACCCAGGACAAACGAAUGGCGACCAAGAAGAUCACGAAGUUCCGCUCUUGGUAUGGAUUCCAGGAAGUGAAAAGAUACUGUUGCCGGAGGCUGUCAAGCUGGCUUGAAGUUGUUGGAUGCAAUCGCCUUGCAUAUUCAUUA